UCCUAGCGGCAGGGGCUGGCGCGGCUCUGUGCUUGCGCACAUGAGUGCGUCUGUACGUAACGGCUUGGCUGCGGGCCUCCGCGCUUGCGCACGGGCCUGUUCGGCCCCUCCGUGUGCGUACGUGGGUUCGGGCCUGCGCACGCGCCUCAGAGAAGGGGCGCCGGCGCCUGAGCGAGCCUGUCAGGUGAGGGACCGCGGGCGCCUGAGCGAGCCUGUCAGCGGUCCCCAGGGCCGGGCCGCGCCGAUGGCCUCGGGGUGGCCGCGGCGACGGCCCGAGAGCCACGAUGCGGGCGCAGCACUCUGUCCUCCCUCCGCGGCCCGCGUCGUCUCCUCGCCGGCGCGUGGGAGGCGGUGGUCCUGGCGCUGGUGGCGUCGGUGGGUCCCUCGGAAGCGGCCGAUCUCGCCCAGUGGCCGCAGCCGGGUCAGCCGAAGGGUGCCGGCGCCUCCGUGCCCGGCCCCGCCCGCCAGCAAGGGAGCCGGGAAGCCGGUGCUGCUGAGGCCGGCUCGGCCCCCCGCGGGACGGUACCUCUGGGCUGGGGUUUCCCGGGCCGGGCCGGGCCGGGCCGGGCCGGGCGGGUCUGGGAGCAUGCACAGAGCUGCCCAGGCCACCCUUCCCUGUCCCCUCCUCCCGCCACUGUCACAACGCCCGCCAUCCUUCGAAGUGCCCGUACCAGCGACGGCCUGUGCGCGUAGCAGCAGGAGCAUGCCGGUCCUCCCAUCACCAGCCGCCCCCCCCCCCACUGUGUCCCUCCCUGCCUCCCUUGGGCCCUGGGCUGUGACCUACCUGAGGUUCCCCGGCUGUGCAGCUGUGCGGUGUAGCCUGUGGCACUCCUCCCGCUGGGGCCGACUCGGGAUUUUAUUGAGGGGAACGGGAUUGUAGGGUCCCCAGAUCCUUCCCCUGAGACAGUGUGAGGGGGUGGGGUCAUCUGUCUCCUGUCGGAUAAGGGGUCUGCUAGGCUGGAAGGACACGAUCUGCUUCCAGGAGAGGAUCUUCUCUGCUGCUGCUGGCUGGGGCGUCAACGUGAUGAGCAGAACCAAACCUUGAGGGAGGUGUUUCCCAUGCCAGGGGCCCUCCGGAGUCCCAGUGGUCCCCCAACCCUGCUGAGCAGAAAACCCGUUCUGGCACAUUCGCCAACAUUGUCCUUUUCUACCUAAUGACUUUGUCUUCUCCCCGCCACCCACCCCAGUCCUUGUGCAGGUGACGAAGCCCAGACAAGUGGAACAGCGUUUCCUGCUCAGACCACAAAGCAGGGUUGGCCAAGAAACUGAAUGGCAGACACGAGGCAAACCUGCAGUCUGGUUAUCGACCCUCGUAGAAGAAAGAGAAAGGGCCAGGCCAGAGGGGGACAUCCAGCCUCCCUCGUGAAUUAAUCCGGACCCAAUGAACAGGGCGACCCUCUGUCACCCGUCGGGUUGGCAGAGCUGGAACAGGGUGACGGUGCUCAGGGCUGACAGUGGAGGAGGGAGGACGUGGAACCCUUGCCCGUGGUUGGUGGGGCGUACACAGGGGAGCCUUUGGGGAAGGUGGUCCGCCGGCCCGUACAUCAGCAUCUCAGGUGCGCAUGCCGUGACCCUGGCCACCUUCUAAACAGGUCCUCUGCCCGCGAGUGUCCGUUGUGACGUCCUCUGUGGUGGCAGAAAGUACACGGCAGCCUGGGAGUCUCCAUCAGUAAGGGAAGAGUCAGCAGAUGGAGGGACAGCCAGCAACGGGAAGCCACACAGGCAGUGAAGAAGGUGAUAGAUGACGAUGUCCAGGCAUGGAGGAAUGUGCUGGAUGUGCCCCGGCUGGAGAAAUCAUUGCGCGCCCUGCAGAGAUGUCCGGGACGGAGCUUACACCUACCUCUGAAUUAGUUUGCCGCGGUGGUGGGAGCAGACUCCCACAGACUGGGUGGCUUAAAGAGCAGAAAGGAAUGGUCUCCCGUUUCUGGGGGCUGGAAGUUCGAGCUCUAGGCGUCAGCUAUUUUCGCCUCUUCUGAGAGCUGGGAGAGAAUGUGUUCCGUCCCUCCCCUGCAGCUUCUCGUGGUUUCCUGGCCAUCUUUGGCCUCCCCUAGCUGGUAGGAUCGCUGCCUGCCUCUUCACAUGCCUGUCCCUGAACUUCACCCUUUUAUAAGGACACCAGUCAUACUGGGUGAGGGUCUGCCGAGCUGAGCUCAUUUGAACUCAAAGGGUCUGUAAAGACCUUUUCUUUAUAUGGAAGGUUACGUUCUGAGGGACUGGGGAUUGAGGCUUCCAACGUGCGAAUUUGGCGGGGACGUGAUGAGCAACCCAUAAGGACGUGUAAAGGCCCUGAGGGAGGGAUGCACUGGGCCUGCUCCAGGGAUGGAAGGAAGGCCUUUGUGGCUGCAGGGUGCCGUCUCCACCCUCCUGCGCGAGCUCACCAGAGACUCCGUCCGAUGGACAGGUCGUCUUGAGCACCGGCCCCUUCCUUUGGGCCCGUCAGCUGACCGUGUAGUGGUAGAAGGAAGGAGCCAAGGCUCUCUGCUCCCCCACCAGGCCAGGUGAGGCCCCGGAGCUGUAGGGAGAUGAAGUUCGGCUGCCUCUCCUUCCGGCAGCCUUACGCUGGUUUUGUCUUAAAUGGGGUCAAGACCGUGGAGACGCGUUGGCGUCCUCUGCUGAGCGGCCACCGGAACUGUACCAUCGCCAUCCACAUUGCCCACAGGGACUGGGAAGACGGCGCGUGGAGGAAGCUGCUGGCCGAGAGGCUUGGGAUGAGCCCCGCUCAGAUUCAGGCCUUGCUUCGGGAAGGGGAGAAGUAUGGCCGCGGUGUGAUAGCAGGGCUUAUUGACGUUGGGGAAACUUUGCUGUGCCCAGAAGACUUAGCUUCUGAGGAGGUCGUGGAACUGGAAAAUCAAGCUGUCCUGAGCAGCCUGAAGCAGAAGUACCUCACCGUGCUUUCGAACCCCAGGUGGUUGCUGGAGCCCAUCCCCAGGAAAGGCGGGAAGGACAUCUUCCAGCAGCCCUGGCCUGUCUCGCUGAAAGCGGGAGUUGCGGUAGAGCUGAAAUGAGAUUCAUCAUUUUAGACAUUCUGGAAGGAAAGAGCCGUGUCCCCUGCUGCCCCCGCCGUCGCCACCACCACGGCCACCACUGUCCCUACUGCCAUCACUGCCCCCACCCCGACCACCGCGAGCAUCGCCGCAACCACCGCCUCCAUCGCUGCCACCACCGUCCCCCACCACUGCCACCACCACUCUCGCCCCCUCUACCCCCACCACCACCACUG